UCGCCGGUCCCUCAACGAUCCUCUGUUUCAUUAUUCCCAGAAAACAGCUCUGUUUACCUUCGAUAACAGAUGCCAGAGGUGUCUCAUUGAGAGACCUUCGAUAACCCCUCAGUUCUCUGUGUAUUUUUAUCGAGUACAAGUGAAAUAAAUUCACAUUCAUGUGAAUAGUCCACUGGGCCCCUUACGUGUGGGCAUUCCCUCGACAUUUGCAGUCGAUUCUUCAUUGUUGAGUUGCAACUGGAGCACAACGCAGUCCAUCCAUUCAUCGAUACAAAAUAGAGACACUUGUGAACACAAUUCAGUGAUAAUAAAAAAAAUAAAUAAAUACACGUGAAGUAGAAAAUUUUCAAAGGACAGUUCUAACGAAAAUAAAAUUAAAAAAAAAGUGAAGUGAAGGGAACGCAAUGCAGGCGAGAUCGGGUGCCCCGUUGGAGAAAAUAAUAGAGGAGAGUGCCUAUAGUUCUCCGAUAGGGAGACGACAGGGCUCAGCUAUGAUGAUCUCCCCAGUGGCACAGAUAGCCCAGGAACUCAGCAAAUCGAGUCUCUCUGGUACUCCGACCCACGACGCACGUCAUAAGAUGGAUUCCGUGGAGAUGUCCAGCCAUGGAUAUGCCGAUGAGAACGACGAAUCACUCUUCAAAAAUGUAUUCAAAAUCAAAAGUACCCCAGAGGGUGCGGUGAAAUCUCGAUUGAGGGGUCGUCGGCUGCUGGGCAUGGCGUCGCGACGCCUCAACAGCCCCGAGCCGAGAUCACCACUACAGUUGAUCAAUAAAGAGAAUGGAAGCGCACCCUGCAGCCCACACCAGUCAACGAGUCCACUGAAGAUGCCCUCGACAAAGUCUCGCCUCCCCCUGGAGGACUGUGACCCAAACAGCCAGGACAGUGGCUACGGUGCGAGUUUCACAGACCGUGAGGACCUCUCAAAAUGUCCCUCGAGCUUCAGAUUCGCCGAGCCCCUGGGUGUUGCCCCGAAGAGGAUGUCCCUGGACUCGCCAAUUCGUUCGUCCCCCUCCUCAAAGCGUCCCUCAAAGCUCCUCAUGAAGAAGCUCUCCUCAGGCUACGAGUCAACCGAAGACGACUUCAACGAUCUCCUGGACAUGGACACCUUCAUGGAGCCGACCUCCUUCCCCAACGACCUCAACAAGCUCCUCUCCGGUGAGAUAAUCCCGACGAUGGAGAGCCUGGAGAAACCGAUGGAAACCGACGCAGCCACAACCCCAGAAUUCGCGAGGACAAAGCCCCUGGGUAUCAGACGCUCAGUCUCCAUAAACGACGACAGACUGAUCUGCAGAACCCCCCCAAUGUCUCGAGUUCGUUCUUGCCUGUUUCGUUCACCCAACGCCACCUCCUCAACAUCUCGAUUGUCCUUCGACGAGAACAGAAACUCCCCCUAUCCCUCUCCCACACACAUGAAAUCCUUCAAACGUCCAGAGCCUCCAACAGACUGCAGUCCAAUACUAGUCAAACGAUGCAAGAAGAAUCACCUGAGGGAGACUGAGAUGUCCCCCACGUCGUCACCACCAUCUCCAUCAUCUUCAUCCUCGAAAUACACCAGACACAUGCUGCAGAGGAGUCACUCAGAGACAGAAGCCCACGCCCACAUUAAAUCAGCAGUUCACAGGAGCACAACAGACUCAGAUCUGACUGGAGACUUCAGCAAAACCUGCAUUUUACCCCUGGCUGAGGGACACCACGAGGACCUCAAGUCCAUCUCAGCUGAGACAUUAUCUGCAUUGAUGAGAGGAGAGUUCGGUGAGUCUGUGGGCUCGUUUAAAAUCGUGGAUUGCAGGUAUCCCUACGAGUACGAAGCUGGCCACAUCGAGGGGGCAUUGAAUCUUUACACUAAAGAAUUGAUCGAGGAGUAUCUGAUGAAUCCACUGACCCAAACACCUGAGAUCCAGCCGGACAGCAACAAGAGGAACAUCAUUGUUUUCCACUGCGAGUUCUCCUGGGAGAGGGGCCCCAAUCUCUCUCGAUACCUCAGGAACAUCGACAGAAAGAUGAACAAGGAGCAUUAUCCUGCACUGCAUUAUCCUGAGAUCUAUCUGCUUCAUGGGGGGUAUCAGCAGUUCUACCAGCAUCAGAAGCCUCUCUGCAGUCCUCAGGGGUACAGGCCCAUGACCCAUCCCGAUCAUGAGGCUGAUCUCAGGAAAUUCAGGAGCAAGAGCAAGAGCUGGCAGGGGGAGAAACAUCGCACCAAUGGACUCUCUGCGAGGGCUAAUCUCAAGAGACUUGGAUUGUAAAUAUGUUUAGAGUCAGUUGUGAUGAGGUACAACGUGGACCUUUUUUAGUCUCGUGAGAUGUUUGAUUCUCUGCGGUAAAGGCUGGAGAUAUUUCGAUAGGUUCCAGACACUGAGAAAACAACAUUGUUUUUGCCAAAUGUUCGUUUACUCGACUGGAGAAAUGCGAAUUUGAAAAAAUAUAAAUCCUCUUGAGUCAUUCCUAGAAGAGCCUGAUUAGAUUUCAAUUGUGAUAAACAUGUUGAUCUAAAUGAUGACUAUGGUGCACAUGAUAGUGGAUGACCUCCUCUAUUGAUUAUCCAUUUUCCCUAAAUUUUUUAUUUUCUAGCGGACAAAAUUUCCCUUGAUUUUUUAAUUGUUGAGGGAUAAUUAUUCAGGGAAUUCACUCAAGGUUAUAACUAUCAUAAUCAUCUAGAGCAAUAUAAUUGCGAUAAUUGAAACCUAAUGAGAAUUACCUGUUAACGAUUCAAUUCUUGAAAUAACUAUUUCUCCAGUAAAUGGAUAUUUGACAAAAAAAAAUUUUUUUCUCAGUGUACACUGAGAAAAAGGGAUUUUGAGGAGGGAGUUUUUCACGUCAAUUAAGAAAACUAUAGCUUGAAUUUUUUCAUUAACGAUAUUGAUUCAUGACAAGAAAGUACGAAAAUAUUUUGGAUUUAGAGUAAAAAUCUUGAACAAAUUGAUUCAACUAGAGACACCACUUUCUUGUCAGGAAAUAAUUGUCCUAGUCUUUGGGACAAGUGCAAAAAAUCUCGAUUGGAAGUUUUUUUUUCCCAAUUUGAGAAAUUUUCUCUUGAAUAUUUUCAAGCUAAAGGUACACUCCUCAGAGAAAUUUGUUUCCCCUCAGUGUUGUUGUUUGGACAAAUCCAGAGGUGAAUAAAAACCACGUUUCAUGAAUUCACAACUGAAUUGGUUCCAGAUGCUGGCAUAUUUAUGAGGCUAACAUCAUAACAGUGCAAAAUAGAUACAUUAAACUCUCGUCCCUUUGUAAAUAUAGUAAAUAAUUUUGAAGGAAUUAAGUUGAGAACAAAUGAUCUAGUACAAUUGAACAAAAUGCGCUUAUUUCUGAAUUGUUGAUUAGCACAUGGACACUUAGAAAUGUCUCAGAGUAGCAUUCAGAUUUUUUUUUUCCACUUGUAUAUAAGAGUUAUAUUCGGGUAAAGAGAACAUUGUACAAACCAGUACUUUAAUUUAAAUGAAGGAGAAAAUAAUGCAAUAGCCCAUAGCUGAAUCCUAGGGACGGCUGGGCCUUUCGCAGGGCUGCUGGUAAUCGUGGACUCGUCCUCGUCGUAGAUAUAUAUUCUAAUGCUUCCACAUGUAAAUUAGGGCGGGCAUCCCACUGUACAGAGUUGACAGCCGUUUACACAGAUUAAUAUCGAGCAGCCCUGUCAUGAGUUCAUGUUUAGAAGGAAAAAAGGCGAUACAUUUUUUUCAGAUUGUCUCAACCUCCAAUGAAAUAUCAAAUUAAAAUUAUAUCAUCUUUUGUUGCGUAGAAGUCACCUCCCAGACUUUUCAAGUCUUCAUUUACCGCUUACAAUGACUUUUGUGUCAUUAUUAUUAUUAUUUUGUUCUGGGUUUUUUUUUUGAGCGAUUGGCCAAAUACUGAUUAAAUGCGAAACUUUGUAAUGGGAGGUUUAUUGUGUAUAAAGUAUUUCAUGUUCUACGUAAUUUUGAAUAAAAAAUGUGAAAAAAUAACUGA